UGUUUUGGGGGUGUUGAACACACUCCACACCGUCACCCAAGAACAAGAGAGGUGGGGUGAGCAAGAGUUCCAGUUUGCGAUCUCAGAUGCAUCCGAGUACACACUCCACCCACGCCCGGCCUUGCCUGCUGCCGGAAUCCCUAUUCCCCGCCCACCGCUCAGAGCCCCACGCCCGGCGACGCCUCUGACACGCCCCUUCCGGCCGAAGGUCCGCCCCGCCGGGUCCUCAGCGCCGGCCCGCGGCCGCGUCCACCCACGACGCUCUAAGGUCACGUUCGGGGCGGGCUGCAGGGGGCGGAGGGACGGAGGAAAGAUGGCGGUGGAAGCCGGAUGUUGGCACCGCCUCCCCCAAUCUUGGAGCCGGCGCAGAUGAGGCGCCUCGGCUGGGGCCGGCAGCGCUUCCCAAGCGGAGCUGGGGGGACCCUGGCGGUGGGGCCUGGCCCUGCUGCAUGCCGGCGCCUCGGCUAGAGUGAGCGGCAGCGGCGGCGACGCUUCUUCCUCGGACGCUUUGCCUGUCUCUGUGAAUCCAAGCGGGUGGCAGGCGGCAGAAGCGACAGGACCGGGAUGGAGGACAUUAACUCCAACGUGAACGCAGACCAGGAGGUGCGGAAGCUGCAGGAGCUGGUGAAGAAGCUGGAGAAGCAGAACGAACAGCUGAGGAGCCGUUCCGGGGCCGUGCAGGGUGCCGGUUCCUUCGGGCCCGGCAGCCCGGUUCGGACCGGCGCGUCCACUCCCUCCUCCGGCGCGGCGUCCCCUCGGGGCAUCCCGUUGGGCCUCAGCGCCAAGUCGGGCAGCGGGGCCGGUCCUGGCCUGAGGCGGACGAGUGGCGAGGAGAUGCGGGACGCCACCUCCUUGCUGGCAGCGGGCGAGGGCGGCUUGUUGGACGAGGUAGAGCCGUUGCGGCCCGAGGAGCUGGAGCGCCUGUCAGGCUGGGAGGAGGAGGAGGAGAGCUGGCUGUACUCAUCACCAAAGAAAAAACUUACACCAAUGCAGAAAUUGGUUAGUCCAUUAGUUUGGUGUAGGCAAGUGUUGGAUUACCCAAGUCCUGAUGUGGAAUGUGCUAAAAAGUCUCUUAUCCACAAACUUGAUCAAACGAUGUCAGCUCUCAAGAGGCAAAAUUUAUAUAAUAAUCCUUUCAACUCUGUGAGUUACACAAGUCCUUACAGUCCAAAUGCAAGUAGCCCAUACAGCAGUGGUUUCAAUUCUCCAUCCUCAACCCCUGUGCGACCUCCUAUAGUCAAACAGCUAAUACUUCCUGGAAAUUCAGGUAAUUUGAAAAGUUCAUCAGACAGAAAUCCUCCACUCAGUCCUCAGUCCUCUAUAGACAGUGAGUUAAGUGCUUCAGAAUUAGAUGAAGAUUCUAUUGGAUCCAAUUAUAAGCUAAAUGAUGUAACAGAUGUGCAGAUUCUAGCUCGGAUGCAGGAAGAAAGUCUCCGGCAAGAAUAUGCAGCCACUACAUCUCGGCGCAGUUCUGGUUCAUCUUGCAAUUCUACAAGACGGGGUACUUUUAGUGAUCAGGAACUUGAUGCACAAAGUUUAGAUGAUGAAGAUGACAAUAUGCAUCAUGCAGUAUACCCUGCUGUUAACAGGUUUUCACCAUCACCACGCAAUUCACCUCGACCAUCACCUAAGCAGUCACCAAGAAAUUCACCUCGUUCACGAUCUCCUGCUCGGGGAAUAGAAUAUAGUAGAGUGUCCCCACAGCCCAUGAUUAGCCGCUUACAGCAACCUCGCCUUUCACUUCAGGGCCAUCCCUCGGAUUUACAGACAAGCAAUGUUAAAAAUGAAGAAAAAUUAAGACGCAGUCUUCCAAACCUAUCCCGAACAUCUAAUACACAAGUUGACUCAGUGAAAAGCAGCAGAAGUGACUCAAAUUUUCAAGUGCCAAAUGGAGGAAUACCUCGCAUGCAACCUCAGGCUUCAGCCACUUCGCAAAGGCUGAAAAAUUUGCCUCGUACUUCCCUCAAAGCCAAACAGUUGCUUCAAACUUCAUCUACAAAAAGAGUACCUUCUCCAGGCAAAUUCCGCUCCCCUGCAGCACCAUCUCCUUUGGCUCUUCGGCAACCAGUGAAAGCAUUUAGUAACCAUGGCUCUGGUUCUCCUGGUGGCCAAGAAACAACACAGCUCACACAAACCACCUCUUCACCUGGGCCUCCCUUGGUUCAGAACACAGUUCCAACAAAUCCUCCCAACAAUAUCAACAGCACUACUCUAACCAGACCUGCAGGGACUACUGUGAUGCGAAGUGGCUUGCCCAGACCCAGUGCCCCUUCUGCUGGGGGUAUACCAGUGCCUCGCAGCAAACUUGCGCAGCCUGUUCGCAGGUCCUUGCCAACUCCUAAGACAUAUGGUAGUAUGAAAGAUGACAGUUGGAAAGAUGGCUGUUAUUGACCAGCAAAGACAAGAUUACAGAGGUCCACAGCUUCAUGGAUACCCCUUCACCAGGCUGAAAGACAACUUUUAUAUGCAGACUGUUCAGAUAAGACUCUUGGGAUUUGUAAUAUCCCAGCCCUCUCUGUCUUAAUUAGCACAAACUGACAGAGACGAUCAAGCAGCACUUUAAUGACAUAUAACAUCAGAUAUGUUCGGUAAUCAUACAAUCACUCUCCAUGGAGUCACUUUUAGUUUUGUUUAAUAGAAACUCAGUUGAUUUUUAAAUAUUUGACAGAGGCCAAUAUCUGAGCAAAAAACUAAUGGAUGCCAAAGAGAAAUGACCAUUUGUAAAUGAAAGAAUAAUAUCUUUGUGCACAAGAAAAUGGUGAACUCAAGCUCUCUAAAACUUCAUGUUCAACCUAAUUAACUGUAUAAAUAGUAUCAAUAAAUAUUUGUGUUAAUGAGAACUGAUAUUCUGACUAAUCUAAAAUGUUUCACUAGUACUCCAAGAAACAGAUUGACUUGGAGGGGUCUCAGGUGGGAAGAAGCCUGGGCUAGAAGUUUAAAACAUGAUACCUAGAUUUGGGAGACUUCUAUAAAUUAUUUUUGCAGAUUCAUUAGAAAAAUUGUUACUUUGUUAAGUUUUGGAUGUGGCUCAUAUAUCACCACCAUCAGCUAGUGUUACCGCAUGCAUCCAUCCUGUUACAUUGAUAACUGAACUUCUAUGUGUUUGUUUUGAUUGCCAAAAGGGCUUAAUAUCAGUUGUACAAUCUUUCUAAACUUUAUAGCUCCUGGCUCAGGAAAAACAGCCUUUGCUAUUUGAAACCAACUUCUUCAUAAGCUAUUUUAUCUGUUACAGAACUAAAAGAUCUUGUUUUUAUUAGCAGGUUUCUAUGAUGGGAAAGAGCAAGUAGUAUGUGUCUUCAUUCUUGAUAUAAAUAACUGCCUCAGUGCUUACAACCUGAAAUCAUACAAUGGGAGGGGGGAGGGAAUCUAUGCACUUAAUUUACAAAAUCUCUGGUAAAUGACAGUUGUAUUGUUACUAUUAAUUGACACAAUCCGUUAUGUGGUAGGAAAAAAUAGCCUGCUAAAUCCUACUUAAGUUGAUCUACUUUAAACUGUAUAACUAUAUAAAACCUUUGAAAAUACUGUCCCUUUGACUUAGAUUCUGCCUUACAUCAAUUGUUGCAUUUUUGGUAACAUGAAGCCUACUGUAUAUGACUCGAGUAUGUUAAAUACUUGCUCUGUAAUGGCCCUUAUGUAUAUCCUGGAAAUCACUUUAUUUCAGUUUUAUUAUACUAUUACCAGAUUAAAACUUCCUUCUGCAGUAGGCUUUUCAUUUUCCAUGAUGAGGUGUGUUUUUUAAAUAUUUAAUUUAAACAGCUCUAAAAUAUUGGCAAUCAGGUCACCUAAAGUAUUCUAAAGAUUUGAACGUAAGUUCAUCUCCUGUUAGUCAACGACUUAUUGUAAGUUGGCAAAAGAAAUUGAGAGAGCAAUGGGAAUCUUGAUAUUCAGGAUAGCAUUGAGGUUGAUAGGUUGAGAGAAUAAUAAAGCUUUUAAACCCAAGACCCCAGUUCUGCCAUGCCUGACACCAGGUGGUCUUUUUUAGAUUGACCAGUAGGGAGUCACUCAGCACAAGCAGCUGGAGAUUGAAACUGCCGGUGCUAAUGUAUUUUAGUGUAUUAAUGCAAGGAGAAAAUUUUGUCUUUGAAUUUGAAGGUGGUGGGAGUGGGUCAGGAAAGGAUGGCACCAGAAUUCACAUGAUGAUGAGCUAAAAAUGUUGCUUUUCAGAGAAAGAUAAAGAAAGUAUCUGCUUGGGAGGGAUGGGUAUCAUGUAAAAAACUAAGUAAAAGAAAAAACUAGCUGCUGUCUCUUUUUAAACAACAUAUAUACACAAUACAGUUUUCAGAGCAACAUUGCAAAAAAAAAAAUGCUGCAAUCUAAUAAUUAAAAGGAAUUUUAACUCUUUGAAACACCCAUUACAUUUUUAAGUUAAUUAGUUUCAAAAGGAGUAUUCAGGUUAUUUAACUUCAUUUUUAAAUGGCUGCAUCAGAAAAAAAAAGUAUUUUUUUUAAUUAAAAUAUUUCAUCAUUUGUUAAAAUGUAUUUGGAUCUGAGUUGGGUAAAGUAUUAUUUUACCUGCUGUUGUACUACCACAGACUAUUGGCUUUUAGUUUCCUAAAGAGAAAAAUUGCCUUUUUACUAGAAAGCCUUUGUGUAUUGCCAAUUUUUCUGUUUGGGAAAAUCUAAGGAUUCACUGUGGUUAGUCUUACAGAAGAAAUGUGGAUUUGAUAAACUAGUGCCUAUGAUUUUAACUUAUGUUUGAUAUAUAGUAGUAAGGGUUUUAUGAAUGUUGAUUAUUUUUUGUGCCAACAGCCCAGAAUUGUCACUUAUAAGCAAGCAGAAGGCUGUGAGCUCUGCUUCCAAAGUUAUUUAAUUUUCUCAGUGUUUGAAUGUUAUUUUUUGUAAGUGUGUUAAUAAAAGUGUAAAGAAUUGGAAAAAAUAUAAAUAUUCUUAACUGAAGCAUUUGCUGGAUCAUUUUUCUACAAAACUUGUUUGUAUAAUAUAAAAUACUCUCUGAAGAGUUGACUUUUUUGUUUUCAUACCCUGGAAAUCACAUUUUGUAAAACUGGGGACCAUUCAUAAUUGUCAGUUAUUUUUUUAAAUUAUUUCAAUACAUCACUUUUAUAAAAGUUUUUUUGAAAGGAAAUUAGACACAUAUGUGUCCCCAGAUGUUUGUAUAACUCUAGAAUAAUCUAGACUGUGUAUGAUUUUUUAUUGAAUGUACAGGUGUCCACUUUUGACAUCACGCAUGAUCCUUUUAGAUCACAUGAAGUUUGAUUUGCAAACUUUUCUAUAGCCAAACUUGUAUGUGUGGUUGCCUCCUUAAUAAACAGCCUGACCAUAAUGUUUAUUAAA